AUGGCGGAACGGGUUAUAAAUUCAUUGCUGGAUACAGAUCUGUAUAAGCUGACCAUGCAUGCUGCUGUCUUCCAAAAUUUUCCAGAUGCGGAAGUGGUUUACAAAUAUACGAAUAGAUCAUCGCAAUUGCAUUUCAAUUCUGAUGCCAUCGCCUGGCUACUUGACCAGAUAGACCUUUUGGGAGAGCUCAGGUUCAGUCCCGAGGAGAUCGAGUACUUAGGCAAAGAGAUUGAAUACUUUCCACGCGCGUACCUUGAUUACCUUAAGGAUUUUAAGCUAGAUCCCAAGAGACAGAUCGAGUUUGCAACACAAGCCGUCGAGGGUACUUCAGACAGAUUUGACCUUGAGAUCCUCGUGAAGGGUAAAUGGAUGGAUACCAUCCUGUAUGAGAUUCCAGUAUUGUCGCUGGUUUCUGAGGCUUAUUUCAAGUACGUUGACACAGACUGGACAUAUGAGGGUCAAGUGGAACAGGCCAAAGCCAAGGCUCUCAAGCUCUUCGAAAACCAAAUUAAAUUCAGUGAGUUUGGCACAAGACGCCGCAGAUCUCUGAAAGCGCAGGAUAUGGUUAUGGAGGGUAUAAUGAGCGCCGUGAACGAGGACGCCGAGAGCUAUAGCCAGUGCUUCCUUGGGACCUCGAACGUCUUCUUCGCCAAGAAAUUUGGUGUCAAGCCAAUCGGAACCGUCGCUCAUGAGUGGUUUAUGGGCAUUGCAGCCAUCACAAACGACUACCCCAACGCCAACAAGAAUGCUAUGGACUUCUGGAUCAACACUUUCGGAGCUGAACACGCCGGAUUGGCUCUAACGGAUACAUUCGGCACGGAUAACUUCCUGGUGUCCUUCAGACGCCCAUACUCAGACUACUACGUAGGCGUGAGACAGGAUUCCGGCGAUCCCAUCGAGUACACCAAGAAAAUAGCGAACCACUACCACAACGUUUUGAAUCUUCCGCUGUUCAGCAAAGUCGUCUGCUACUCUGAUUCUCUGGACAUCGAAAAAGCUAUAAAGUAUGCCCAUGUAGCACAGGAACACGGUCUUCUAGCUACUUUCGGGAUCGGCACAAACCUGACAAACGAUUUCCGCAGACGAUCCGAUCCCUCUCUCAAGAGCGAGCCUUUAAACAUUGUUAUCAAGCUACUCGAAGUGAACAAGCGUCAUGCCGUCAAGAUCUCAGAUAACUUGGCCAAGAAUAUGGGUGAUCCCAAAACUGUCCUGAGGGUCAAGAAAGAGCUGGGAUACGUUGAACGUAGCUGGGCUGGAGAUACCGAGGCCCAUAGAUGGGUUUAA